AUGCUCAAAGAUGAGAUGUCGACCACUUUACAGCAGAGGGGGAGAAAAACCUGGCAACAACAUCUGCUCACAAUUUUGAGAAGUCAUAUGAUGCAAAUUAUCCUGUCACUCCUUGUUCUACUUGAUGCUGGAAUCGUUAUUACCGAAAUUGUUCUGGAGAUUCAAUCACUUCAAAAGGCAAGUGCUCAACUUAACCACACGCUUUCUAAGUCUAAGGCUGCAUUGCGCCGGACACGCAAAUACAGCACAAUUAUUUUGCAUCGUCAAAGGAAUGGAACCCACUUGCAAACUUUCAGUGAGAUUCGCCGGCAACCUAGGAAUAACACGACCACCAGCACCACUCAUAACAUCGCUUUAUCCGAAGUGCAAAUCGAUCGGUCAGGAGAGGAACAUAUAUUUGCUCAUGAUCCACUUAGCUUCACGCAUGGUAUGAACGUGGAUAACAGCGCACAAAUGAUGCAUGAAGCAUCCGAAGUGUUACAUUAUCUCAGCAUUGCAAUUACUGGACUUUUUCUCAUCUGCGUCAUUAUUAAGAUCAUUUGUUUGAAACGAAAGUUCCUUCGAGAUACGAAUGA